AACACACCCGUCAGCAGCGCGCAUUGGAGACAAAAAAGCGCAUCACGGACAAAGGGAAUAUGGGUGCGCUGGAGAGGAUUCACCUCAGUCGGGUAGCACAAUGGAUGAGCCGCUUGUGUUUCAUUCACCGGGAGACCAAUUAGCCCACCUUAAUGAGGUGCUGGGAUGCAAGAUACUGCAAGCUAAAAAGGCGGAAGGCUGCGUUUAAUCCGUCUGCGGAUCCUAUGAGCUUGCAAUGGCUGUGGCGGGGAUAUGCAACUGGAUAGGGAAUAAUGUGCCUUUUUAUUUUGUGAUAUUUUCCUUAUUUUGUGGCCUUUCGUUUGGACAAUUGCGAUAUUCUAUUACGGAAGAACUAGAAAAUGGGGCACUGGUCGGUGAACUGGCGCAUGACUUGGGGCUGGAUAUUCGAAAGCUCGCCACCCGAAAAAUCAAGGUAACCUCCAACAGUGGCAAACGCUAUGUGAUUGUCAACCCCCAAAAUGGGAAAUUACUUGUCAAUGAAAGGAUUGACAGGGAGGCACUGUGUGAUUUAUCCAACACCUGCCUCAUUAAUCUGGAGGUGCUGGUCGAAAACCCCACUGAGAUGCACCAUGUCGAGGUGGAGAUUGUGGAUGCCAAUGAUAAUGCGCCGCAGUUCCUCACAGAAGAGUAUCAAUUGGAAAUCACAGAAUCUGCUUUACCAGGGUCUCGUUACCCAAUUGAAAACGCUCAAGACCCAGACAUUGGGUCCAAUUCAAUUCGUAUGUAUCAGCUUAGCACAAACGACCAUUUCGCGCUGGUAUCUAACAAGCCCUCGCUAAAUACAAAGCACAUCGAGCUUGUGCUCAAAAAGCCAGUUGAUCGCGAACAGACGCCUUACCACCAAUUAAUUCUAAGUGCUGUGGAUGGUGGAACGCCAGAGAAAACUGGCACGGCCAAAAUUAAUGUCCGGGUCCUGGACUCAAAUGACAAUGUCCCCACGUUUGACAGCUCAGUGUACAAGGUGAAACUGUUAGAGAAUUCUCCCAAAGACACCCUGGUAAUUAAACUGAAUGCAACUGAUCUGGAUGAGGGCACAAAUGGAGAGGUUUAUUACUCUUUCAGCAGCUACACGCCUGAGAGAGUGAGGCAGAUGUUCAGCAUGAACACUAACACGGGAGAAAUAAGAGUGAGGAGCAAUGUUGACUAUGAAGAGACCAACUCCUAUGAGAUGUACAUCCAGGCGAUGGACAAAGGCCCUGGGGCCGUCGCAGCACACUGCAAGGUAGUGGUAGAGGUGGUGGAUGUCAAUGACAACGUCCCUCAGAUAGUGUUGUCAUCUCUGUCUAGCCCCGUGAGGGAGGAUGCCCGUGCAGACACAGUCGUGGCCCUCAUUAGUGUUACUGAUCGAGACUCUGGUGCUAACAAGCAGGUGAGCUUAGAGAUCCCAGCAGGCCUUCCAUUCAAGAUCAAGUCAUUCAGAAAUUACUACACUCUGGUUACCUCAGCCUUCUUAGACCGCGAGACCACCGAUGCCUACAAUGUCACUUUGAGUGCCACAGAUGGAGGACACCCUCCCCUUUCCUCCCAGAAGACCAUACAGGUGGAUGUGGCUGAUGUUAAUGACAACCCACCGCGAUUUGAACAGACUUCAUAUACGGUCUAUGUGGCUGAGAACAAUGCCCCUGGGGCCUCUUUGUGUACUGUGAAAGCUCAAGACGCAGACAUCAAAGAGAACGCACGCAUCACCUACACAGUGCUCAAUGACAACAACCAUGGCAUCCCUGUCACCUCGUAUGUAUCUGUGAAGGCCGAUACAGGAGAGGCUUAUGCCCUGCGAGCCUUUGACUAUGAGUCACUGAGAGAGUUUCACUUCCAGGUCAAAGCCCAAGAUGGGGGCAUUCCUCCACUCAGUCGUGUCGCCACUGUCUACAUCUACAUAAUGGAUCAGAAUGACCAUGCACCACUGAUAGUCAAACCUCCCGGCAAUGGCACACGCUCCUUGGAAACGGUACAAAAGAACGCAGAGCCUGGUGCCAUGGUGACCAAAGUGGUGGCAUACGAUGCAGACGCUGGUCCAAAUGCCUGGCUGGUGUACGUGCUGGAGACGGCCACUGACCUGGACUUGUUCAAGGUGCACGAACACACCGGUGAGAUCAGGACCACUCGGAGGAUCCUGGAGGACAACUCCACCUCCUUUGCUCUAACCGUUGUCGUGAAGGACCACGGGCAGCCUGCGCUUUCCUCCACCGCCACCAUCAACGUGGCUGUCAUGGAGGUGCCGCCCAAAGUGGCUCCUGACCCCAAGAGGAUCAUCCGACCUCAUAGCGCACUGCUUUUCUCCAAUGUGACCCUCUACUUGAUCGUUGCUUUGAGUGCCACCACUUUUGUUUUCCUAGUCACUGUGGUGGUGCUGGCCAUCGUCCGCUGCCAUGCCUACUGCACCCAGCCUGGGUCCUGCUCCCCUUGCUGUGUGUCACAGAAGCCCCCUCCGGAUGGUGGGAGCAGCAGUGUAAGUGCAGGUGGGGGAGGCGGUGCUGGAGGACCCGGGGCACAGCCUAAUAACAACGUGGUGCUUCGGAGAGACCUUAAAGUGGAGCCUCACUACAUUGAAGUGCGUGGGAAUGGCUCCCUCACAAAGACUUACUGCUACAAGACCUGCCUGACAGCCACCUCUGGCAGUGACACUUUCAUGUUCUACAACACAGGACGUCCAAUCAGUGGCACCUGGGGCAGCGGUGCCGACCGCUUCUUCACGAGUGGAAGUGGAUUUGUACGCAGACUGAGUAUGCCUGAUGCCUCGAUGCAACUCUGCCCAGAGCCGAAAGCCCCGAAUGCUGACUGGCGAUAUUCUGCAUCUUUGAGGGCAGGGAUGCAGAGUUCGGUCCAUAUGGAGGAGUCCUCUGUGAUGCAUGGAGCCCAGGGGAUGCUGGUCCAGAACUGGCCCACUGUGUCCAGCGCUGCAGAUGGAGAUGGUGGUGAACUCUCACCCCCAGUGGGCGCUGGAGUCGACAGCAACAGCUGGCACUUCAGAUAUGGCGCCGCCGGACAGGGCUACUGCCCUCCUCAGCCCCUGAAGCCCGGAGAGAUUCCUCCUGAAGCCUUCAUCAUCCCUGGAUCCCCAGCCAUCAUUUCUAUUCGCCAUGACGCCGGCCCUGUGGAUGACAAAGGUGACUUCAUAAGCUUUGGCAAGAAGGAGGAGGCCAAGAAGAAGAAAAAGAAGAAGGACAAGAAGGACAAGAAGGACAAGAAGGAUAAAGGAAAGGAUGACGGGGGGGAUGAUUAGAGGAGAAGGGCUGACUUGAAAACAGAGCUACCAACAAAGUAACAUCCUAAUUACAGAGCCAGAAAAAAAAAAAGCCAAAUGCAUAUUGUAGAACUGAGGGAGCCUCCUUGCACCAUAUUUGCAUAGACAUUGUACAGUGGCCAAACCCUCAUUAGACAAGGCCUGGCUCCCCACCCAAUGUGAACUUGCUAAACAAAUGUUCCUCUCUUUCUUGGCUAAUUCGGCCCAUAACUUUGGCCUAUAAAAAGGCUAAGGUUUAUGGUAAAAAAAUGUUCUUAGUAGACAGACUUCUAAAGGUUGGACCAAAUUCCAGAAUGGAUUUUAUUGGAUUAGAUUAGUUUUUCUGUGAUUUGCUGCCCCCCACACCAGUUUGUAUAAUAAAAACAAAAACACCUGAAAAGGUGUACUAUUUGUAUCUGACCAUUGUCAGCUGAGGCUGCCUGUGUUGGCAUCCCUGCCUUUAUGCAGCCUGCUUCCUACUUUGCGCACCUAGUCGGAGGUGAAGUGAAAGCCAAACUAAAAAAGGAAACAAAUCAGAGGUGUUUGUCUUCAGUAUUACGGAGGCCUUGUAGAAAUUCAGAAAAAUGUGGUCUUUUGUAAAAAACUAAAAACUGAAAAAGUAACAACAUACAGUAUAUGUACCAUGAGAUUAGCACCGUUAAGUGAAUGAGGUGGCUGAGACAAGCAGGACCACACUCAAAUAAAGAGCUCUGUUUCAGUGUAGCAUAGCACAUUGCUGAGGCUGAGGACCUGGACGGGGUUGCACCAACUAUGCGCAAGUUUGUUCCCAGGUUAGGGUAAAAAGUAGUGGCUUCAUAACUGCUAGUUAAUUUGCAAUUAGCAAGUUAAUAAAUGCAAUUGUGCCAUAUGGACGUGGUACACCGGGGGGAAUUAUACGACAUAUAACUACAUAUAACAUUAAGAUUUCAGAUGAGUAGCCAAUCAGUAAUAGUAUUACCUUGCUGUUGGGUACAAACCACAUGGAUUUAUAGUUGACCAGAUUGGCAUACAAAUUACGAUUGGUAAAAAGAAUCCAUAUUUGACUCUUAAAGGACAAUACUAGUUUUGCAUGUCAGUCCAUUCUCUUUAAAUCUUGUAUCCUUGACGUCACUGCUGAUAUUUUUUUCAAAGCAGACAAUUGUGUUUAGGGAAUAUUUAAUGGUAUUUAUCUACCUUUCAGGCAGCCAUAGGUUUUCAUUUAUUACCACAAAAAUAAAUAAGCUGAGACUCAAAACUUUUCACAUUACGAAAUCCAUCAAAGUGAACACAGCAUCUGAUUUUAUUGUUAUCAGAUCACAUGGUAAUGUAGCUCAGGUGCAGAUUCAUUUGAAAACUGCACUGCAUUAUCACAAUAAUGUAACAUUGGCAAAAUUGACCAUGGAUUCCUUAUGUCAACCAGAAGUCUCAGUUGAUUUUAAUUAAUUAAUUAAUAUAAAGUUGAAUGAAAACCAGAUUCUGCCUGGAAAGGGGACACAAAACAGUCGUCAGCAAUAUGUAAUUUGGAGAAAAUGGGCAGAAACAUCCAAAUUCGCUGCUAUAGUCCUUACGUUGCAAAAUAGCAUAAAAUUGCUAAAGAAGAAAAAAAAAAAGUGUGCAAAAAAAGGAAAAAAAGAAAAAAAAAUCCUGCUUUACUGUUAGUGAGUGCAAUUGUGUGAUUUUCGUAUCAUUUGCACCUGCUUUAUUGCUUGCUUAAAUAUUUAGUUGUUACUUGAGGUUACGUUGUAACAGAUUUGUGUGGUGCUACCGCUUGUGUUUUAGCAAUGCGUGAAUUAGUGGCUACUUUGGAUAUAGGUAGGGAACCUACGCGCAGCUGAUGCAACACACCCCUGACAUAGCCUCUUCUCUUAGAAUACGGCACACAGGUCAACGGGGUCUUAAUCCCACUGUGUAUCAGGACACCCAGUCCGACACACACACACAUUUAUUAUACACAAACACUGACUCUCUCUGCCGCUUACUCACACAUACACACUCGCUCUCUUACACACAGACUUACAGUACAUACGAACACACAAAACUAUACUAAAAGAUUACACACCCCUUUCUGGAAGCAGAAGGCCAAAGCCAUCCUUAUUUUGGGAGUAUAUUAUAUGGCUGGGAAGCAGGAACGUUGCUUGUUGCUUCAUUUCUGUUCAAGCCUGAUCCCUCUACUUCUGUCUUUGAAUGUUAAGUAGUAGUUUUUCAAGCCCUGCACCACUGUCUCGACUGCUUCAGUGCUUGUAGGAUUUGCUUGCCCGCUGCCUGUUUCCUCCCUCUACUCCUGUUUCUUCAAAUCAACAUAGUGGGACGACAUCUUUCAAGUCACUCUCCUUCAAUGAACUGUGCUGUCGUAACACAGUGACAUUUGUGCAUUUGCAUAUUUACACACAGACUACACACAGACACUUGAGCAUAUACCACACUUAGACUUACACACACACACCUUUUGUUAGGUUCAACUGAGCUUAGGCGCUUCAGCCAGAGUGUCUCUUCUGAUUGCUCACUGUUGACAGCGCUGUCAUCUCUUACAUAUUGCAUUGUAAGGACCUCUAACAAAUUAGCUAAAUCUGAGAUUAUGCUGGAUAUAGUGAGACAAGACGGAGAGGCAAAAAAUGAAUCAUUGUGUGUAGCUCUAAUGUAGAAAAAAAAAAAUCUACAGCAGGCCACUCUUUUUUUGUUGCACAAGCAGAGGUAUUGCAGUUAUACCUGUGUCAACUUGAGUAGAAUAAAACUGCUUACAAAAUAAGUGCAGCGUAGUUCGGCAGCAGUGAAAAGAGGUUGCUUUGGGCUUGACUCGGAAGGGGGAGAAAUAAAUUAGGGAUUAAUGGAGGAUAAAGCACAGUGUUGACUUUGUUUAUGGUGCACCUGUAGGAGGUGACGAUACCAGCAAGCAAGCAAAGAUUAUCACAAGUCAAAACCUACAAAAUUAUGCAUUUGUGUCAAUUGCUGCAGCUAAGCAAACAAAAAGAAAUAAUGGAACAUGCUUGUACAAGAGAAACUUACAAGUCGCAGUGGCCCAAAGUGUGAACUGUGUGGAAUGACCAGCUUUAUUUGGCCCUGACAUUGUGAAACCCAGGUGUAGCAUGGUAGAGAAAGAGUAUUAGUGAGCAGUAGAUAUUGGAACAGCAUUAACAUGAUGAAAAAGUGUCAUUAAAUCUCACCUCAGCGUUCCUUUUCUUUAGAACAUUGUCUUAACAGUCACAGUAGGGGUAUAUACAGUAGGUGCAUCUAUCAGAAUCAGUCCCUCCCAUGCACACGUGUCUUUCCCCCUGCCCCUUCCUUCAGGUGUACUUCUGUGCUGUCAGAUCACCAAGUGGCUGUUUGCAUGUUAUAAGCAAAGGAAACCGAUACUAUAUAGAUACUAUAUAUACAUUCAUAUGUUUUUUCCACUGGGAAAUGCGUAUUGGAAUACAUAUACCUCUGAUAUACAUUCUCAAAGACAAUACAUACACAUCGAAAGUCACACACCUACUACAUUCAAACAUACAUACAUACAUAUACGCUAUUGCGAACUGUAAUUUGUGGGGGAACCCUAAAAGAGUCACAUUUUUUAUCCUGUUGAAAAUGAAUUUAAUCUUCUAGAUAUACAUAAUGCUAUUGUGUUAUGCUAUGAAAUGCUUUUCAUUUUCGUUUUUACCUUUAUGAUUUUCAUAGAUAAGAAAAUCAAUCCUUAAAAGUUGUGUUAAGCUUUGAAAUGAUGAUCAAAAACACUAUUGUGAAAUGGAAUCAUUUACUCACCCUCCAUAUCUAUCCUUUGAAAAAAGAGAAGAAAAAAAAUCAAAAACUAUAAAAUGGUAUCAAAAAAAAAUAAAGUUGAUGUAUUCUCUGCUUGUGUAUAGUGAAUGUUCCUCAGUCGCUGGGUGUGGCAGUGAGUGGCACACUUCAGUCGACUGUGACAGUGCAGAUCUGUUAAUAACUUUUUUGUACACCUGCUUAUCAUUGUAAAGGUGAUAAUAGUGAUUCUUAUGAUUUCAUCAAUCUGGUAAUGUGUUUUGUUAAUAAGUCACAAAUAAAGUUUUUCUUAAAUAUCUUAA